UGCGCCAUUUGUCGCUGCCGCCACCACAAUUCCCUUGUCUCGCUUUUGGCAUGAGCAGCAGCUGACGUAGCCUUUUCAGACCGCCCCAGCCCAGCCCCUGGCGAGAGCCCCUGGGGAUGUACAACGAGAGCAGCCUGCAGGUUGCGAUGGAUUACGUCGGCGACAACGACACGUUGCCCGAGUACCCUCUGCACCUCUUCCCCGCGCCUCUCCUCACCGGCGUCACCGUCACCUGCGUGCUCCUCUUUGUGGUCGGGAUCCUGGGCAACGUGAUGACGAUGCUGGUGGUCUCGAGGUUCCGGGACAUGCGGACCACCACCAACCUGUACCUGUCGAGCAUGGCUUUCUCGGACCUCCUGAUCUUUCUCUGCAUGCCCCUGGACCUCUUCCGCCUCUGGCAGUACCGGCCCUGGAACCUCGGCGACCUCCUGUGCAAGCUCUUCCAGUUUGUCAGCGAGAGCUGCACGUACUCCACCAUCCUCAACAUCACGGCUCUGAGCGUGGAGAGGUAUUUGGCCGUCUGCUUCCCGCUCUGGGCCAAGGUGGUCAUCACCAAGGGCAAAGUCAAGCUGGUCAUCCUGGUGCUGUGGGCCGUAUCCUUCGCCAGCGCCGGGCCCAUCUUCGUCUUGGUCGGGGUCGAGCACGAGAACGGGACCAACCCGUCGGACACCAAUGAGUGCCGGGCCACGGAGUACGCCAUCCAGUCGGGGCUGCUGACCAUCAUGGUGUGGACCUCGAGCGUCUUCUUCUUCCUGCCCGUGUUCUGCCUGACCGUCCUUUACAGCCUCAUCGUGAGGAAGCUCUGGAGGAGGAAGAAGAAGGACAUCGGGCCCAAGACAUCCAUCCGGGACAAGUACAACCGUCAGACAGUGAAAAUGCUAGCGGUGGUGGUCUUUGCUUUCAUCCUUUGCUGGUUGCCUUUCCACCUCGGACGUUACCUGUUUUCCAAAUCCUUUGAGGACGGAUCCUUGGAAAUAGCCGUCAUCAGCCAAUAUUGCAACUUGGUGUCUUUUGUCCUUUUCUACCUAAGUGCCGCCAUCAACCCAAUCCUGUACAACAUCAUGUCCAAGAAAUACCGGAAGGCGGCUUACAGGCUCUUUGGCAUCAAGACACACAGGAAGAAAAGGCUGUCGGGGCUGAAGGAGGGAGGGUCUCGAGUGUGGGCAGAGUCCAGUGUCAGACAAACAUGACGCCGCCGACCGGACCUAGCCGUCACCUAAAGCCACAAUAGAAGGGGAAAUAUAUUCAGGUUAAAGGAGCUCCCUGGUAGACCAUCUGCUUUGCAUGUAGAAGGUCCCAAAUUCAACCCCCUUUAUCUCCAGGUAGGGUUGGGAAUGUUUCUAGUCUGGAACCCUGGAGAGCUGCUGCCAGUCAGUGUAGACUAUAUGGAGCUACAUGCAACCGAUGACCUGGCUCAGUAGAAGGCAGCUUCCAAUGUCCUUAUCUGCAGAGCUUUCUGUGGAGUGGAGAGUGCAUUAUGAAAUAAGUUUUGUGCAUAAUAAACAUCAGCAGAGAAAGAGACAAAAUCCCUACCUUUUAUGUCAUUUUCAGUGAUUCUCUGUCACUGGGAAGAAAGGUGGUUUGCCAUCCUCAAGAUGCAGGACAUGAGCUAAUAGGGCUGUGUUUUACUGGUAAACAGCUCAGGGUGGGGCAAGCGGCAGGAGCUGGUCAGAGCCAGGAUGGGGUGUGGUGCUACAGAGAGCCCAGGAAGGGCAACAAAGGAAAUUCUAGAGUGAUGAUGCACAGAGCUCAUUUCCUGAUCCCAUUUCAAAGAUCCCAGGAAGAUGUCAGGGCCAUGCCCAAGGUAGAGGGACUCUCUUAUCCUGCAUCUCUUUCAAACAAAACCUAUUGAUCGUCAAUCCACUGAUCUGCCAAACGGCAGUGGAUGCGCACAUGUAACCGGCCAAAGAACAGGGAACGUGAACGCAGAAUCCAGUGUCUCUGGGGCACCUCCAGAGUUUGGCAUGAGUUCGUUUGGAUUCACCGAAUUUGUUCAAGAAUCUCCGAACUGCACCUGAAAGCAAGCUCCCAUAAUUGCUGAGUGAACCAUGAAUUAAGAACUUUGAAUAAUUUCUAGCUCAUCUUCAAGUCCAUCCUCUUACAUGUGUUGUUGUUUUUUACUCUUUAAAUUCCCUGGUUCAAAGAUCGCAAUUGUUGUGGGGACUUGAUUAAAUCAUUUGCAUUCUA